ACGUAGUAUCUCUUAUUAGUUUGUGUUUCCUACCACUACCAUACUACCAUGUGAUUUUGAUUUCAAUCUUUCUCAAUAGCCGUAGUUGUUUUUUGUUUUUAGGAAUUUUAGGAACAGAAAAAAACAAUUUGCCUUGAUGAAAUGGAAUCUCAAGCCAAAGGUGCAAUCAAGUGCCACAAGUGUCGACACAUUUUAUUCGAAGAUAUCAGUAAUAUUUACGUGAACGUAGCAAAAGAUAAAGCACAGUGCUGUUCGAGUUACAAUAUUAAUAAUUUCAUUUAUCUUCUCGAUGAGAGAGUACCUGAAUGGAUAUUGAAGAAAAUUGCUGAUGAAUCGUGGACUAAGGGAAAACUUCAUUGUGAAAAGUGCGGGAACAAAGUUGGUUCCUUUGAUUACACUUCUGGACGAAAGUAUGCAGACUUCAAAAAGAAGAAAGCUGAACUUUGGGGUAAAGUUGCAGUCACCUUUAAUUCUUCUCCUCAAGUUCAACACGUCCAGGUGAAAGUGUUGCUGGAGAUGAUGACUCUUUCGCCUGAAAACCAAAAGAAUGGAGAAGGACUUCCCUAGACUUCAUUGAAGAUUACUUCCCAGAAGAUAUCAAUGAGGCAAAAGUAUCUUCAAUGCCAGAAGAUCACUGCUAUGACAAAGUAGCAGUCACCACAACUAUCAUAAGUGCAACAGACAUUAAUAUUAUCGUCACAACCAGUACUGGUACUGCUACUACAAGCUCUGCACCAACAAAGAGCACUCCAGCAUUAAAGACUUCUGCAAAAAAUACACCACUUACCUGUCAAAGUCUUCUUCUAUUGAUGCUUUAAAAGCUAAAUUAAGAGAAGAACACAAUGAACAAAGGAAAAUUAAAUUUCAAAAAGAAAUGUUCCGCUUGGAGCAAGAAAUUGCAAAUGACAAAAAGAUUUUUGAUUUAAAAUAUAAAAUUUUAUUAUUAGAAUACGAACAUAAGAAAGCAAUGUAUGAUGUAGAAUUAAAAAAAGCCCAACAGUAAAAGUAUGGGCUUUUUUAAAUUCUGUAACUUACAUUGCUUUUUAAGUUUUACUGUUGGGCUUUGUACAUUUACAUUUUGUUUGCAUAAUUUCUUUUUCUUUGUGUUAAUUUAAUUAGUUUCAUUAAGAAUAUGUUUUAGACUAAUUAGUGUACUUUAGAUAUAUUAUUCAUUUUAACACAUCCAUAGGGCUGUUAGUAACAUGUUUCUUAUCCUAAGUUAGUACCUAAUACAAAAAUGUACAUUUAAAAUUAUUAUUAUAUUACAAGCUUCCAUCCGCGACUUCGCCCGCGUGAAAUUUUAUUAUAUCGCAUACACUAUUCUAUCCCUCGGGAGCUUGAAAUGGGGAUAAAAAUAUCCUAUAUGUAAAAUCAGGUAAUAAUCUUAUCUGUGUGCCAAAUUUCAUCCAAAUCAGUACAUUACUUUUGGCGUUAUUGAGUAACAAACAUCCAAACGGAAGGACUGUACAUUAAACUACAGUUUAGGGGAGGGGACACUCAAAGUUUCAAAUUUAGGACGUUAAUAGUUUUCGAGAUAUUAAUUUUUGAAAAUUGGAAAAAACUAACCAAAAAAAAUUAUGUUUUUGCACCAAAGAGAGGAUAAAACGAAACGCCGCGCGCGCGUGCGUGACGUUUCGUUAUUUGUCUUUUACGAAAAUGUUUAUUUUUUUGCGUUAUUUAUAAAACUUUACUGCAACAACCAAACGCCGUGCUUUCUUAACCUACAAAACCUGUUUCCUAUCAUUUAUUUUCGAAUAUUUCAAUAAUUUUUAUUAUCAAAACAACGACUUUCCUAAAGCUAAUAUUUUAGGAUUAGACUACUAACUAUGUAGUCUAUUCACCAUAUUAAUUUCAACUCUCAACUCGUGUGAUGGUAAUGUACAGUUGAGCCUCGUCUCUGAAUGUGUUUUAUUGUAGUUUACACAAGACAAUUAAAAUUAAUAUAUUUUAUGUUGAGUAAACCUCAAAAAAGAAGUAAGUUAUUAAUAAAUGGCGUAGUUUCAUUAAGUUUUGUUUCUCCAUAAUAAGAAUAACCACAUAAAAAGAUAAGUUGUGAAAUACUGCCUUCCUGCAACCAGCAUAUUUUGAUGGCAGACUUCUGAGCAAUUUACGUUUAUUUAAGUACUCUAUUCCUAAUUACAAAUAAGCUUAAAAAUAUCAUGGGUAUAGUCAAAUGACAUGACUGAAGAAAUGUUGGUCUUU